CGCGCCCCGGGGCCAGCCACGCACCGGGGGCCAGCGCUCGGGGCUGUACUGGUUCUGAGUCCCGCGGUCCCUGGCCCUUCUCCGCAUGGAUCCCGCAGAGCGCGCGCAGGCAGCCCGAGCUCGGGUGCCCAGGAUCGAUCCGUAUGGAUUUGAAAGGCCCGAAGACUUUGAUUAUGCGGCUUAUGAAGAAUUCUUUUCCACGUACCUGGUGAUACUCACUAAGAGGGCGAUCAAAUGGUCCAAACUUCUAAAGGGAAGCGGUGGUGUCAGAAAAAGUGUGACAGUGAAGCGCUACGUCCGGAAGGGGAUCCCGCUGGAACACCGGGCCCGUGUGUGGAUGGCCGUGAGUGGCGCCCAGGCCCAGAUGGACCAGAACCCUGGGUACUACCAUCGACUGCUGGAGGGAGAGAGCAGCUCCAGCCUGGAGGAAGCCAUCAGGACAGAUUUGAACCGGACGUUCCCUGACAACGUGAUGUUCCGGAAGACGGCGGAUCCUUGUCUCCAGAAGACCCUGUACAACGUGCUCCUGGCCUACGGGCUGCACAACCGAGACGUGGGGUACUGCCAGGGAAUGAACUUCAUAGCUGGGUACCUGAUCCUUAUCACUAAGAAUGAAGAGGAGGCUUUUUGGCUCUUGGACGCUCUUGUUGGAAGAAUAUUACCUGAUUACUACAGCCCAGCAAUGCUGGGGCUGAAGACUGACCAAGAGGUCCUGGCCCAGCUGGUGAGGAUGAAGCUGCCGGCGGUGGCAGCCCUGAUGGAUGGCCAUGGUGUGUUGUGGACGCUGCUGGUGUCCCGCUGGCUCAUCUGCCUGUUUGUGGACAUCCUGCCUGUGGAGACGGUGCUACGAAUCUGGGACUGCUUGUUCAAUGAGGGCUCCAAAAUCCUAUUCCGGGUCGCGCUGACCUUAAUUAAGCAACACCAGGACUUUAUAUUGGAAGCCAGCAGUGUUCCAGACAUCUGUGACAGGUUCAAGCAGAUUACCAAAGGCGACUUUGUGACAGAGUGUCACACAUUCAUGCAGAAAAUAUUUUCCGAGCCAGGACGCCUGUCCAUGGCUACCAUCACCAGGCUCCGGGAGAGCUGCCGAGCCAAGCUGCAGGCACAGAGCUGAGAGCACGAGCAGCCGCCCCGCCGCUGCCGCAGAGCACACUUCACCAAUUCCUACCACGUCGUUCCUGCUGUAAAUACUUGAAAUCAUGACACUCAAUGUGAACUUUUAAACGAAUGAUUUAAAAUGAGUGUUUUACAUUUUUCCUACCUUUGGAGUCAUAAGUUGAAUUAUCCGGUCCAGCUUGGUGACCUUAGUUGGGUCCCAGGACCCAUAAGUGGAAGCAAAGAACACCCGUUCAAGUGGUCAUUUUGAGACACACACUCACGCAUUAAAAAAAAAUAUUUUUACCUGAGAUACUAGUAAUAGGAAGUAUGACGUGUGCAUUUUAUUGAGAAGAGCAACAAGUUUCCUAGUGUUAAGUUAGUGACUGCCCUGUGACUUUGGCUUCUCAGGGGAGAAGACUCAUGGCACCCUCCCAGGAUACUGUCCUAGCCUGUGCCUGUGUAGACCUCUGCCCUAUGGGGACAAGAAGAGCCUACUUCUGAGCAUGGUCACGUGUGAUGACCCCUGGCUUUCUCAGAAUGGCCUUACAAGUUGGGCUGGUUGGGGCCCUGUCCCCUGGCUAGUCCUCAGUGGACAGGCUCUCCAGCAGGCUGGCCUUCCUCCCACGCCCACCCUCAUGUCCUAUUCGUCCAGCACAGCGGACAGCCAUCCCCACUAUCCCCUGGUAAAGGCUGUGCAGGAGGCUGGGCAUCAGGGGCAGCUAUCAGUUGCAAACAAGCCCUGAGCCCUCACCUUGCAGAAGACAGGGGCAGCUCAGAGGGCAGCUCU